AUGAUUAUCACCCGCGUUCUACUUGCUCUGCUCUUUGGCUCCAGCAGCCUGGCAGCAGAUUGCAAGAGCUAUCGUGUCGACAGAGCCAAACUUGCAGAACUUGGAGAGGCGGUUGAGAACCGCGUCGCCACAGAGAAAGCCCCCGGUGAGGUUUGCCACAACGGCGACAGUGGUGCUUGUGACGCUCUGAAGAAAAAGUUCAAGACACAUGAGUUUCACUCCCAGCAUCCCAUCUCCGUGGCAUGGAACCAAUACACCAACGAUACGUGCUUGCCCGAUCCCGCGGCUCCCUGCAGCAACGAUGGCUACCCUCUGCAUGUCGUCAAUGCUUCGACCGCCGAGCAUGUGCAGCGGGUCGUCGAAUUUGCUCGUGAGAAUGCCGUCGCUCUAAACAUCAAAAACACUGGCCAUGACUACCACGGUCGUUCUAAUGCGCCCUACGCGAUCUCGCUUUGGACUCACAGCAUCAAUAGCCUCGUCCGCAACCCCACAUCAUUCCAGCCAAAAGGUUGCGACGAGGCUUUCACUGGAUCCUCGAUUACCGCUGGGGCAGGUGUGCAGAUGGGCCGUAUUUACGAAUUCCUUGAGCCUCUUGGCGAAACUGUCAUCGGAGGAACUAGUACAAGCGUCGGACUGGCUGGAUAUGUCAUGGGCGGCGGACAUUCCAUCAUCUCAGGCAAGUACGGUCUGGCUGCAGAUAACGUACUGGAGUUCGAGGUAGUGCUCCCAAAUGGUGAGAUUGUUCACGCCAAUGAAUGCCAAAAUGACGACCUCUUCUGGGCUCUGCGUGGUGGCGGUGGAUCAACUUAUGGCAUUGUCACCUCCAUCACGACCAAAACUGUGCCCACGCCGAAAAUCACGGCCUCGACGUUUACAUUCUUCAUCAACCCCGACGAUCCGCAGGCCCUCAAUGUGACGAGUUUCUUUAUCAGCAAGCUUCCCAAUAUGGUCGAACAGGAUGCCAACGGUUACUUGACUAGCCUUCACAAGUCACCACAUCCUCUGAAGCCGAAUCCCGCGGGCCCCUUUUUCACUGGCAUUCUCGGAUCCAUGGUGCUCGUCGACAGCGAGGACCAAGAGAAACUUGAGAAUAUGCUACGAGACGUGGAGGAGGAAGCCAAGGAAAAGUUCCCAGCAGUCGAGCUCAAGAUUAUCCAGACAACAGUCUACGACUCUCUGCUCCAAUAUCUUACAGCUUUUUCGAGAUUCCUUCCUAACAAUGCAGGCAGCAACAUGCACAUUGACUCGAAGCUCGUGAGCGCCGACAUGCUGCGCAAUGAAGAAGUUGUACAUGAAGUCAAUCAGCGUGCAGUUUCUCGUGGCCCCUCCUCUACCAUGGGCAUGCUUGUUGUUGGUGGCAAAGGUCUGCGCGACGCCCAACCCGUCGGCGGCAGCAAUGCGGUCCACCCAAGCUGGAGGAAGACAGUUGCAUCAGUCUUUGUCACCGAGAACUUUGCUCCAUUGAAUGCCGAAGCCCGUCAUAAUGCUAUAAGCAGCCUCCAAAAGACACUCGAGCCGUUUGUUAACCUGGACCCAAGCAUGGGAAGCUACAGCAAUGAAGCUCUCGCCGGUUCGAACUGGAAGAUGGAAUUUUGGGGCGACAACUAUGAUAAACUGGUAGAGAUUAAGAGGAAGUAUGAUCCUGAGGAUCUUCUAUGGUGCCACCCUUGCGUUGGUAAUGAGAGGUGGGAGCGACAGAGUGACGGUCUAGUUUGCAAGGUCACUGAAGAAGUGUGA